GGAGGCUGCGGCUGCUCGGGAGAAACGCAGCCGCCGGGAGGCUUCGACGGGGAAACGCGGUGACAGUUGGAGCGUUAACGCGGCGCAAACUGUCACGGGACUUUCUCGGCAAUAACUCAGCUGGCUAACGAUGCUAAUGGAAGUAGCGCCUAUGUGCAGAGAUUUGCGCUGUUUCUGUCUGAGCGGCGCAUUUUAACACUCAGCCGAGAUGUUAUUUCUUUUAACCUAGCUCGAUUUCCAGUAAUUGAUCCCACUUAUUAUUAUUGCUUCCACCAUCGUUCGCCCCGUCUAAAUCAUUAUUCAUUCAUUUGCUGCUGAUGGAGGUCAGACAUCGCAGCGGGCCGUCGGGUUUGGCUGCAAACACGAACCGAGGCCCGGAGACGUGGCCCGCGUGUGGCAUUUACCGUUAAACGCCGUUAGACGCCGGGCUCGAGCCCCCUCGGGAUGGGACCGGCGCGGCGACAGGGGGGGGCGUUGCCCGGCCAUGUGGCGCUGCUGUCACACACACACACACACACGGAGCAUCCGAGUGAUUUUUUGAAAAGCAGAGGGAGAAACGUGUAAAGCCAAUCAUGCUGCGGAGAGACGCUACGCACGGCGUGAGAUCACGGAGCGCCGAGAACAGCGCGCGCCGCAGCCACACGGGGAUCACAGCCAGGGUUCAGCAGGCGGCGCUCAUCGUGUGUGUCAUCGUGUAUAUCUCACCCGAUGAAGAUGGAGUCAGGAGCUGAGGCUCAGCAGGGGGCAGAGGCUGCAGUGACUGAGACGGAGAGCCAGCAGAUCACCCCAGCACAGAUCGCUACCUUGGCACAGGUAUCCAUGGCGGCAGGCCACGCCUCAGCAACAGGUCCCACAGUAACGCUGGUCCAGCUUCCCAAUGGACAGACAGUUCAGGUCCAUGGUGUUAUCCAGGCUGCACAGCCGUCUGUCAUCCAGUCUCCACAUGUCCAGGCUGUACAGAUCUCCACCAUUGCAGAAAGUGAAGACUCUCAGGAGUCUGUAGACAGUGUGACUGAUUCUCAGAAACGCAGAGAGAUUCUGUCUCGACGCCCCUCGUACAGGAAAAUCCUGAACGACCUUUCGUCUGACGCGCCAGCCGUCCCUCGCAUCGAGGAGGAAAAGGCAGAGGAAGAUUCAUCCGCAGCAGCAGCUACUCCGUCGAUUACCACGGUUACGGUGCCCACUCCCAUCUACCAGACCAGCAGCGGCCAGUACAUUGCAAUCACACAGGGUGGGGCCAUCCAGCUGGCUAAUAACGGCACAGAUGGAGUCCAGGGCCUUCAGACACUGACCAUGACCAACGCAGCAGCAGCCGCUCAGCCUGGAGCCACCAUCCUCCAGUACGCACAGACCAGUGAUGGCCAGCAAAUACUGGUCCCCAGUAACCAGGUGGUGGUUCAAGCCGCCUCCGGUGACGUUCAGGCUUAUCAGAUCCGAACAGCCCCUGCCAGCACCAUUGCCCCAGGGGUGGUCAUGGCCUCUUCCCCAGCACUUCCCACCCAGGGGGCCACCGAGGAGGUCACCCGAAAACGGGAAGUCCGUCUUAUGAAGAACAGAGAGGCAGCCCGUGAAUGUCGCAGGAAGAAGAAGGAAUACGUUAAGUGUCUGGAAAACCGAGUAGCUGUGCUGGAGAACCAAAACAAGACACUUAUUGAAGAACUCAAAGCCCUCAAAGACCUUUACUGCCAUAAGUCCGAUUAGUUUCUGCCCCAAACGCAGACCUGGGCCAAGUACCAUUUCAGUUUCUUUCAAAUACUUUGACUGUUCGACUCUGCCUGCCUGCUCUCCCAGUUUUCCACAAGCUGACUUUUUUUUUGUUAUUCUGAUCAACUUCCUUUUACACUCCACUUUCUUCAGUAAGCUCUGAGACCAAGACAUUUAAAACACACAAAACAUUUACAGGAUGAGUCUGACUUAAGUGCUAACCAAAGCUCAACCCCCUAAAACAAUCAACGUGAACAUGAAGCAUGUGUUACUUUACCUUAAUUCAGAUGGAAGUUGGCACAGUGUUACAGUCGCUGAGGAAAUGUUGUCUUGAAUCACCAAGAAACUUCCUGGUUUAUUUGGUCGUUUUCAUGACCUCUUGUUCAGGUCAAACGAUGAAUUUCUAAUCAAACCUGUUCAUGGAAAUGGCUUUAAAUGGUGUUCAUUGUAUUAUCAGUCUCAUAUAUGUAAGCAAUAACACCUUUAAGAUGAGGACAAUUUCAUGCAGGGUGAUUGUGAUCAGUGGAGUUUCUGCUUCAGGCAAGCUCAGUCAGUUGCAGUUGAAGGCUUUGAAUGAGCUUGAUGUACCUUUCAAACAUGUGGCUUUGGGGGACUUUACAAGUGACUGGGCGCAGACAGGUUUUGUUUUUUUGAUGCUACGAACUGCCUAUUGUGAAGAAAGUGGAAUCAUGUACAUCAUCGUUUGAUCACUUCAGUCAGAGCCAUGAUGUGUCACACGUCUCAGUUCACGUUGCUUUUCUGCCUCAUCACAGCAGAUGGUACGAAAUGCUAUGAAAAUAGGGAUCAUUGCUGGGCCCAGGCACAGUUUUAAAGGACAGACAGCCUAGAAAUUAAUUUUGUAUAAGACUACAUUGUUUGUUAUGGGAACAUUUUGCUAACUAGCUCACAGUCGAGCAGAGUAACAACACAAGGGUCCAAUUUAACUACUGCAAAGGGCAACAGAAUCAUUUGAAGUGAGUGAUUCAGCUUUGAAUGACUAUCUACAGUAAGGCAGAGCACAGUUUAAAGGAAUUUACUAAGUCAGUGGUUUAGGUAACUGGGUGUUUGUUUACAUGUGUGACACUCAUUACUUGUUACUUUCCCUGUCCUGGAUGACAUCCACUAACUUGGUAAAAUGUUGUCUAAACAUCCAGGUGUCUUAACAUGUACAUUUGAGUAAUGCCAGCAACAUAUAUGUUCUACAAAUCUUAUUUUAUUUGAAUCGUAUGUCAGUUUGUCAUCAGUCAACAACCAAAAUGAUCAAAGUUAAGGAUUUUCUUGUUUUCACUGUUGUGUUUGUUCAAUGGUUAAAAUAUAAAUUGGGACUGUGAGAAUUCAAAGAUGGUUUUUAGAAUAUGUAGCAGACUGGAUCCUUUGUGUAAUCUACAGGAAGCUUUAGGCUAAAGUUAUGUGUUCAACACUAAUUAUCCAUUAAGAUGUGGGCUGUUGAAAACAGACCACCUUUGUGGGCCUGUGUGGAUUUUGGGAACAUAUGUGUACUUGUUUGUCUUGUUUUUUUUUUUUUUUUUUUUACUGUACAUAGACGCUACAGCAUGUGUAGACCUCAUGUAUUUCUGUUAACUUGAUAUGAAAAUGUUCUUAUUGCUUGUAUGAAAGCAACAUUACAUAUUUGGAACGUACAUCAGUGUAUCAUAGACCUGUAAUUACUACAUACCAGGCAGCUAAGUGUACAAGAAAAGGCCUUUUGUUGGAGAUGUUGUAUUUUGGAGUUCUGUACCCUGUUUAGGAUCGUGUGUGCGCGUGUGUGUGCGUGUGUGUGCGUGUGUGGAAAGGAGCAAGUCUGUUGAGAGGAACCAUUUGUAACUGCCUUGUUUGGCUGAAAACUACACGUCAAAGCCACAUUUAACUGUAAAUAUUUUUUAAUCAUGAAGCAGAAAUGACUCCAUCAGUAACAUUUUUAUAUCAUUCAUUGUAUUAAAUGAAAGCACAAUGUUUAAUUUUGAUUUUAAUGUACUUUGGUUGCUUUUGUUUUAUAACAAACAAUAUAAGAUAUUGUUUUAUUUUUUUAUAUUUAUUAAGUCUGGUUCCCAAGGUAUUUGUCCCCAACCCUCAAUAUUUAUUGCCCAUUUUAAAUUGGAAAGAAUCAGAAUUCUUGAUUCUUCUUCUAAACAAAAUAGCUGGGGAGUGAACUGAUACUGAAACAUCUAGGAUGGACAGAGUUUAAGUUCUGGAAAUCAGUUAAUUUAAAAUGAACGUUAUUGAACAUCAAAUUUACCUAUGCUUUAAGUUAAAUAUUUUUAAAUAUCUCUAUCAUAAACUGAGAGGAAUGUUGAAAGGACACACUAAUGGUGGCUGGCUAAUUAGGGUACAGACAAUCAGUGUUCUUAUAAAUGUCUGUUGUUUCUUUUUAUCGUUUCUUAAAUGAUCAGUUCAAGUUACAAUAUUAUUUUUAUAGUUUACCACAUUUUAUUCCUAAGUGUACAGUACAUGUAAUGUGUAGAAGAUUAAAGGAUUUAAUUGGUGGAGGAGAAAGCUGUGAAUGGAUCAUGCUCCUCCUACUUGUCACUGUGGUUUAAAGAGCUGGAGACCACACCUUUGGCCUUGAUAACUCUAAUGCUUACUACGGAGAAGAGGUUGAGAGGAAACUGUUAAUGUGGUGCCCAUACCCUCACAGAUUUAGUGAGAUGAAAAUGUUUGUCCUUACAAAUAAUAUUUUCACCUGUUGUGAUGCACACAUCCAGUCCUGGUGCUGAAAAAAAUCUAGUAAUAAUGUUUUUCCAGUUGAUUUAGUAUAGUGACUUUAACUUUGUGAUGUGAUUACACAAUAUCUUUCCAACAAUGCCAACAGUGUUUUCAGUUCUGUGCCAGAAUAAUUUAAAACUACCAGCCUCGUUUGUGCAUGAAACAGAUUGAUAUCCAUGUGUGUAAAAGUAUAUGUACAUAUAUAGAAUUUCUAGAACAGUAAUAACAUUUUUUCUAACUUCUGAUGUGAUGGGUUUAUAUAUGACCACUUUUACAAGUUAUCAAUUUCAAAUGCCAUGUAUCGUAUCUUGUAGAGACAAGGUCACAAAAUGAUGCGAUGCAUACUGUUUGUUUGAACUUUGUUGCAUUAUAAAACUAUACCAGCCCAUAAUUUGAAAGUGCUGUUACUCCAACAUGACUUCACUCUUUUGGAAAUACUUGCUACGUCGCAAUAAACCGCUCUUGAAGAUUGUUA